AUGGCUAGCAUAAAUGUGUUUAUGUUAUUGUCCCUUGCAUGCGUCUUGGCAGUGACAAAUGUGACUGCAACAAGGGACUUGUACAUUAAGCCUGGACAUAGGCUUGCAGCAAGGCUUGAAACCAGUGAAGGCUUAGUCCCUUGCUGGAACGCACUAUUGGAGCUCAAAUCAUGCUCAAAUGAGAUUGUUAUUUUCUUCCUCAAUGGCCAGACUGAUAUUGGUCCUGACUGUUGCCGCGCCAUUACUAUUAUAACACAUAACUGCUGGCCUGCCAUGCUCACUUCACUCGGUUUCACAGCUGAGGAAGGCAAUAUUCUAAGAGGCUAUUGUGAUGCAGCAGCCUCCAUUCCAUCUGCAGCUCCUUCUCCUUGCUCACCAGCGCCUCGGGCCUAG